UUAGGGCUUUUCUUCUUCUUCUUUUUCUUUUUGCUCCUGCAAAAAUUUUCAAAUAUUUUCUUCUCACUCGCCUCCAGUUCUACUUCAGCCGCUUGAUUGGAUUUUUACCAGUUUACGAAUCCAUUUCUCGUUUUUUUCUUGACUCGAUAAACCCUGAUUUCGUCCCGAGUGGGUACUGACUCGGUAAACUUGUCGUUUUAUUUCGUCUCAGAAUUAGCUGGAGGUUAAUUGCGUGCUGGUGUUGAUGUUUGAGCUGGAAGAACUUUGUUAAGCGUUCUCUCCGUGAAUAGGUUUUGCAGCGGAAUUAAAUCUGAGCUUUGAGAAGACAGUUUUUGAAAAUGGAAGAUUCAGGGGCACUCGGCAAAAGAAAAACACCCGAGGAAUCGAAGGUUUCUGACAAGUCGACACAAGAUUCUGCAACAAAACGUAGAAAUCAAACUCGGACAUGUGUUCAUGAAGUUGCUGUUCCCAGCUGUUAUACAUCAACAAUGGAUGAAUCAGUACACGGGACACUUGCUAAUCCCUUGUUCAAUGGAGAGAUGGCCAAAACAUACCCUUUUGAGCUUGACCCUUUUCAGAGAGUAUCUGUGGCAUGCUUAGAAAGAAACGAAUCGGUUUUGGUAUCAGCACAUACUUCAGCAGGAAAAACUGCAGUGGCAGAAUAUGCCAUUGCAAUGGCAUUUAGAGAUAAGCAGAGGGUUAUAUAUACUUCCCCCUUGAAAGCUUUGAGUAAUCAGAAGUACAGGGAGUUACAUCACGAGUUUAAAGAUGUUGGUUUGAUGACUGGUGAUGUCACACUCUCGCCUAAUGCGAGUUGUUUGGUCAUGACGACAGAAAUUCUGAGAGCGAUGCUUUAUAGGGGAUCAGAGAUUUUGAAGGAGGUUGCUUGGGUUAUUUUUGAUGAAAUUCAUUACAUGAAGGACAGGGAAAGGGGAGUUGUUUGGGAAGAAAGUAUCGUGUUCUUGCCACCGGCUAUUAAGAUGGUGUUCCUUUCAGCAACAAUGUCAAAUGCAACUGAAUUUGCUGAAUGGAUUUGUUAUCUGCACAAACAGCCAUGUCAUGUAGUAUAUACAGAUUUCAGACCAACACCUCUGCAGCAUUAUGCUUUCCCUAUGGGUGGGAGUGGACUAUACCUAGUGGUUGACGAGAAUGAGCAAUUUCGGGAGGACAAUUUUAUGAAGAUGCAGGAUACUUUUCCAAAGCAGAAACCAGGUGAUGGGAAAAAGAGCUCGAAUAUCAAAGCAGGAGGAAGAGUUGCUAGAGGUGGGAAUGGCUCGGGGGGCUCUGACGUAUACAAAAUUGUAAAGAUGAUCAUGGAAAGACAGUUUCAACCAGUCAUCAUCUUCAGCUUCAGUAGAAGAGAAUGCGAACAACAUGCAUUGUCAAUGUCCAAGCUUGAUUUUAAUACGGAUGAGGAGAAGGAGGCUGUAGAACAAGUGUUUAAUAAUGCUAUUCUGUGUCUGAAUGAGGAGGAUAGAUCUUUGCCUGCUAUUGAACUGAUGUUACCUCUGCUCCAACGAGGUAUUGCAGUUCACCACUCUGGCCUUCUUCCUGUUAUCAAAGAAUUGGUGGAACUUCUUUUCCAGGAAGGACUUGUGAAGGCCCUGUUUGCCACAGAGACUUUUGCUAUGGGUUUGAACAUGCCUGCAAAAACUGUUGUAUUUACAGCUGUUAAAAAGUGGGAUGGUGAUAGCCAUCGAUACAUAGGGUCUGGUGAGUAUAUCCAGAUGAGUGGCAGGGCUGGACGUCGUGGGAAAGAUGAACGUGGUAUCUGCAUUAUAAUGAUUGACGAACAGAUGGAGAUGGAUACGUUGAGGGACAUGGUGUUGGGUAAACCGGCCCCUUUGAUUAGUACCUUCAGAUUGAGUUACUACACAAUCCUGAAUUUGAUGAGCCGUGCUGAAGGACAAUUUACAGCUGAGCAUGUCAUAAGGCAUUCGUUCCACCAAUUCCAGUAUGAGAAGGCCUUGCCUGACAUGGGGAAAAAGGUGUCCAAGCUCGAAGAAGAAGCCGCUAUACUUGAUGCUUCUGGAGAGGCUGAGGUUGCCGAGUACCAUAAGCUAAAACUUGACAUAGCUCAACUUGAGAAGAAACUGAUGUCAGAAAUAACAAGACCUGAAAGGGUGCUUUGUUUUCUUGAUACUGGUCGGCUGAUCAAGAUACGAGAAGGUGGUACAGACUGGGGUUGGGGAGUUGCAGUUAAUGUUGUGAAAAAGCCUUCAACAGGAACUGGUUCUGCCCCUUCACGGGCUGGUGGAUAUAUAGUGGACACUCUGCUUCACUGCUCUACUGGUUCUAGCGAGAAUGGUGCAAGGCCAAAGCCAUGUCCUCCCCGUCCUGGGGAAAAGGGUGAGAUGCAUGUGGUUCCUGUUCAGCUUCCCUUGAUUUCUGCUUUAAGCAGACUGAGGAUAUCGGUUCCUUCUGAUCUUCGCCCUCUGGAAGCAAGACAAAGCAUACUGCUUGCAGUGCAGGAGUUGUCAAGUCGCUUUCCUUUAGGCUUUCCAAAACUCCAUCCAGUUAAGGAUAUGAAUAUUCAAGAUACAGAAAUUGUGGAUCUGGUCAACCAAAUUGAAGUCCUUGAGCAGAAAUUACUUGCUCAUCCGAUGCUCAAGUCUCAGGAUGAUCAACAAAUCAAGAGUUUCGAGAGAAAAGCGGAGGUGAAUCAUGAAAUUCAACAAAUCAAAGCAAAAAUGCGUGAUUCCCAGCUCCAAAAGUUCCGAGAUGAGCUUAAGAAUCGUUCACGGGUACUAAAGAAACUCGGACAUAUAAAUGCGGAUGGUGUGGUCCAGUUAAAAGGAAGAGCAGCAUGCUUGAUAGAUACAGGGGAUGAAUUACUGGUCACCGAAUUGAUGUUCAAUGGAACUUUCAAUGACCUUGAUCAUCACCAAGUUGCAUCCCUUGCAAGUUGUUUCAUUCCCGUAGAUAAAUCAAGCGAACAAGUAAAUCUGAGAAAUGAACUUGCAAAACCAUUCCAGCAGCUCCGGGAUAGUGCUCGAAAGAUCGCAGAGAUACAACAUGAGUGCAAGCUAGAAAUUAACGUUGAUGAGUAUGUUGAAUCGACUGUCAGGCCUUUCUUGAUGGAUGUUAUCUACUCUUGGUCAAAGGGUUCAAGCUUCGCAGAGGUUAUACAAAUGACGGACAUAUUCGAGGGCAGUAUCAUUAGGAGUGCUAGAAGGCUUGACGAAUUCUUGAACCAGUUACGAGCAGCGGCCAGCGCUGUCGGGGAGAGUGGUCUGGAGAGCAAGUUCGGAGAAGCAAGCGCAAGUUUGAGGCGAGGUAUUAUGUUUGCCAAUUCUCUUUAUUUGUGAGUCCUCUCUUUCGCAGAGUACUUCAGUAGAAAACUUUCUCUAGAAUCCUUUAUAACAAAAUUUUCCUACGAGUGUUUCUAUUGGGGUGGAUACGAAUCGGGUAUCCGAAAAAUUUAGGUAUUCGUGUAUUAGAAUUUGACACCCGCCCGUAUUCAUAUCCGAGGGUCUGGUGUACAUGAACUAAUGUUUGGGUAUCCAAACCUAUCUGAGACUCUAACCGAGAA